ACCAAAGAAGUUCCACCCCAUCUAUGACGAGUUCACGGGCCGGAAGACCCUCGACACACCUCCUACAGCUACAACUGGUACUCCUACCUACACUACUGGCAAUGCCCCUCACUUCUCCAACACUACAAACUUAAUAUCUGCCGAUUCGAGGAAGUAUCUCAGUCAAUCGUCAAAGCAGGGCCAUCCGACUACAACCGGACUGUGUCCAAGAAAUCCCACAGACGAAGCGAGUACUGCCAGCAUCAAGUCAGGAGUCGCUGGUCUGCCCCAAGACAAACACAACCAUACAGCUCAUGAUCAGGCACAAACAUCUGAUAGGCUCAACAGAUGCAUGCCGCUUUUGCAGAGGAUCACUUGCUGGAGCUGCUGCAGCUUUAGCAGCGACUGGCACACCAUCCCAUCAGGAGACCCAGGCAGAGCGACAUUUCGGUACUGAGAGCUUCAACAUCAAGAGCCAUGGAGAGGCAUUGGCAGCAGCAAGGACGGCGUAUUCCGGUCCGUCUACAGAUCGCACCGUAGAUCCAUGCGUCACAGAGGGAGAUAGCGGAUCUGCCCCUUUCACAUCUGGGCCCCAUUGCACAGAUACUGCGAACCGCCUAGACCCAAAACUCCAUAUUCCGGGUGGAUUCCCUGAGACGCCUAUCGAGACUCCUGGAGAACGUGGAAUGGACACCGGAAGCUACCUCCCGGGUGCGCACAGAAUGAGCAAUCAGCCAGGAGAUCCUUUAUCAAGCCAAAAGGAGGCAACGGCUAUGCCAACUAAUCCUUACACUUCCCAGAAGAUAGACCCUCGCGUCGACUCCAAACCAUCGGGGCCCCAAGCAGCCUCCACCGCACCCUUCCACGAAUCAGAACUCCAACCUGGGUUAGCACAACAUACUUCGCGUAACCAGGUCGACCAUCUGCAGGAAAAUCAUCCUCACUAUGGCCCUGACGCCGGACUUAUAGGUGCCGGUGCUGUUGCUACCGGAGGCCUUCAUUAUGCCAGCCAACGGGAUCCAUCAAAGCCUAUGACUGCAACAACCGCGCAGAAUCCGACCGUCAGCUCGAACGCUCAACCAGCCCAACAACGCCAGGUUAGCGGCCAUGAAGUGGGUAUUACACGCACUGAUAAGUCUGAUGUUGACCAGAUCGUCGACAAGUAUAUGGAACACUCUAUUUCUCAGACUCACGCUUCUCUGGACGAGCAGAGGUACGACCCCUCUGCUCAAGGUGCUCAUGACGCGAGCUAUCCUAGUCAUCACCACCAUGACGGAGAUGUCGCUAUUGCCGCAGGUGCCACCGGGGCUGGACAUGACGGAAAGCGGACUGAACAUUUCCCUCCAGAACAAUCUACUGUGCACCCUGUUCAGCGGAUCGGAGCAGACCAUGAUGCAGAUCAUCACCAUGAUCGGAAUACAGCUCUUGGGGCCGUUGGUGUGGGCGCCGCUGGUGCUGGGCUCUACGCAGCUUCUCGGAAGCCAGGGUACGACGCUGAGCAGACUGCGCCAUAUGGACGCAGUGAUCAGGUAGCAAUGCAGCAGCAAGCCGCGCCGCAGCCGAUUCAGCAGCACACCCACCAGCACUUUUAUCAGCAAUCUCCACACCCUCCCCUCCCCAAUCAAACUCUUGAGCAGCAACCCUAUCCACAGAGAUCCCUUUACCAGCCGUCUCAGCCGCCCGUCCAGCAAAAUCCGAUAAACCAGAGCUCGAACCAGCAAGGUGGCAAUGCAGCAUUCCAUGCCGCUGGAGCUGGAGCUGCGAGCACAGACUUGUACACCCCUCCAAGGCCAUCCACCGAGAAGAGCGACCUCCACCGCCGUCACGAUUCCGUUCAGUAUCCCAAUGAACAGUAUCAACAAAAGGGCGCGGGUGAGCAGCAGCAACAACAUUAUGAUGGCCGUAAUGCCGCACUAGCAGCAGUGGGAAGUGGAGGCUCAAGCACAGGUUCAGGCGGAAAAGGAACGCCUUGCGCGUGAGAAAGCCGAGCAAAAGGAACUUGAGCACCAGCGUAAAACGGAACAGAAGCAUAUGAAAGAAGAGGCGAAAGCGGCGGAGAAGAAGCAAAAAGCUGAGCAGAAGGCUUAUGAAAGAGAGCUAGAGCAUGAGAGGAAACAGGCGGAUAGAAGGCUGAAAGAAGAGCAUAAGGCGUUUGUUGCUCAGCAGCAGGCGCAGG